CUCGAUGUUAGUAGGGAGUUGCCUGCUCUUUACGAAGUGUGCAUUUUCUUCUUUCUGCCGCCGAUCGUUUUCAAUGGCGGCUGAGGCAUCGUCUUCAUCGCCGGCGGUGGUGUCGUCAUCGCCGAUGGACGAGGAGUUGACGCUGACGGUGAAGUGGAGCGGCAAAGAGUACACCGUCAGGGUGUGCGGCGACGACACCGUCGGAGAGCUGAAGCGACGGAUAUGCGAAGUCACGAAUGUGCUCCCCAAACGCCAGAAGCUUCUCUAUCCGAAAAUUGGAGCAAAGCUUGCCGAUGACUCGGUCCUCAUCUCUCAACUCCCCCUCAAAUCGUCCCUGAAGAUGACCAUGAUAGGUACUGUUGAAGAUGAUAUAUUUGUGGAUCAAGUGGACUCUUCUGAAAUUGUUGAUGAUUUUGAACUGGGGCAAGAUGAAGCUGUUGACAUUAAAGAUAAAGAAAUCAAUAAGCAGAAAUUGAGAAGACGAAUUGAUCAGUACAAGAUUAAACUACGGAAUCCAUGCCGGGAAGGAAAAAAGCUGUUGGUCUUGGAUAUUGAUUAUACCUUAUUUGAUCAUCGAUCCCCAGCAGAGAACCCACUAGAACUUAUGCGGCCCUAUCUGCACGAGUUCCUAUUGGCUGCUUAUGCAGAGUAUGACAUAAUUAUCUGGUCUGCAACCAGCAUGAAGUGGGUCGAGUUGAAAAUGGGACAGCUUGGGGUUCUCAAUCAUCCAAACUACAAAAUUACAGCUCUUCUAGAUCAUAUGGCAAUGAUUACUGUUCAAUCAGAUACUCGCGGAAUUUUUGAUUGCAAGCCACUAGGCCUAAUUUGGUCUCAGUUUCCAGAGUUCUAUAAUUCCAAGAACACUAUAAUGUUCGAUGAUCUUCGAAGAAAUUUUGUGAUGAACCCACAGAACGGGUUGAUAAUAAAGCCAUUCAGGAAAGCUCACUCAAAUCGAGAUACCGAUCAGGAGCUAAGGAAGCUAACCCAGUACUUGCUGGCCAUUGCGGAUCUUGAUGAUCUCAGCAUCCUGGACCAUAAGAACUGGGAAUCAUACAAUGAGGAUAAUUUCAAGAGACGCAGGCAUGCAUGACGACGUUGCAAGCAUCCUGAAGCCAGACGAGCUGAGAUUCGACAUGCCUCAUUUUGAUAUGCUAUAUGUUUAGUUGGUGUAUUUAUGAUUAUAUCAACAAAACCAUUCUCCUCUUGAGCUGCUGCGUCCAGAGAACUUUCUGAUAUUCCAUAAUUUAUGUGUAGCAAAAGAACUAAUAUCCCCCGUUUAAGUUGGAUUUUGUCAUAAAUCCAUAAUAUUAAUAUGCAGCAUGUUAUUUAA